GAUAUAAUUUUUAACAUUUUUUCUCAAACAAACCUUGUCAGUUGUCAAUACCGAUUGAAAAAUAAAUACUGGGAUAUAUAUAAACGGGUUUUUGGACACCUUGCCCAAUUUUGGGUCCAGCCGUAGCCAUUGCCAUCUCGACUCGAUCAUCGGUGAUAUUGAAAACCAAUCGCUCCCAACUUGCUUUCUCUUCGUAGCCUGUACUGAAAAAUCAUUCGCUCCUCGCCGUUAUUUUCGUUGGCAGCCGCAAAAGGGGAGUUAAUCUUUCUUUGCAUCAUGGAUGCCACCAAGCUUCAAGAAGAUUACCCCAUUGCUACACCAGAAUAUGUCAUGAAGCUUCUAAAAGAUUACCCCGUUACUACACCAGAACAUGUCAAGGAGCUUCAAAAAGCUUGCCCCUAUGUCUCACUACAAGAUGUGGUAAACUGUAUCCUCAAUUUUGGCCCACAUAUGGCGACCCGUAUGUUUGAUUCUUCUAUUCAUGAUAUCAAUAACAGUCGAGAAAACGAAGAGCUAAAUGGCAGAGUACAUGUCAAUGCUGGCCCUUUACUUCAUGUGCAUUCAGUGCAUGUAAAACCAAAAAUUAAUAAACAACUUGCUGUAUAUGGUAGGAUUCGGGUUUGUUUUCAAAAUAUCAAGAGUGGAAAACGAAUGAAGCUUGAUCUUUACAAACGAAGGGCCAACGAUGCUGAGAGAAUUAGCUCAUGUGGUGGUAAUUUAACUCUUAGUUGGCCCCUUAAUUAUCCGUGGACAAAAUUGCAAGGAACAACUAUAGUAGUUAAACUCUAUCAUAAAAUUGGGAGGAAGGGUGUUCUGUUUGCUAAAGAGGAUAUUUUUGUGGGUGAUGCAACCAGAGGUAAUUUUGAAGAACUGAUAUCUAAGGAAUUCCAUUAUGAAGUUUGCUGCGCUACCUUGACUUAUAUUGCAAUGCCAUUUGCUGCUCUUUCCCGAGUGGAUGUUAGAUUAUCUGGCAAAGAGAAGGGCCGAGUUGUUAAUGUUGCUGGAAAAAUUGUUGCGCGGUUUAAGAACACUUAUGGAAACUAUGAUUCAGAAGGGUGCGUUCUUUUUGAAAAGCAGGAUGGCUUUGAACCAGUAGUGAUGAAUAAUGAACUUUGUAUGUCGAGAGCAUGGUUGGGGUUGCCAGCAUAUUCGUCACUUGAACUUGAUCUGGACUUGAGGGACUAUGACACAUGCAGAAAGAUUAAAAGAAGAGUAGAGUUGUUGACUGGAAAUGGUGCACAUGCAAGUGAAUAUGCAGAGGCUGCAGAUGAUUUUGCGAUUGUUGUUGAUGCAAGAUUGUUUCCUUACCCAUUGAUUGUGCAGCCUGGGUGGAGAGAUUAUGACGCAUUCGAGGCAAUUUGUCGUCCAAAGUUUGGAUUUGGAACGUCAACAUCCAUCAGUCUCAACCAUUGGUUUAGUUAUAAAGGUCAACCAAGAGCGGGCGUUGAAAAUUGCUGGCACUGUUGAAUUCUCGUCUGAUAAUAAUACUUACUACAUAUUCAAGAGUAAUGGUAAAGAUGGCGUGAAAGUAGAAGAUCCACAAAAGGUUUUGCCAUUGAAAGGUGUGUGUAUGAAGUUUGAUCUGAAAGGCAUGCUCAAAUUGAAGGUCAAUCUGCAAGAUGUUAGUGGGAAAUUUGCGAAUAGAGGUUUUGCUAAUUAUGAUCUUGGAGCCUCCAUCUGUACUCUACCUUAUAACACCCAAAUAUGUUCUGUUUUUCCUGGCAAAGAUGGGUUUUGUGCAUUGCAUUACUCUUUUUUCCCAAGAGCUUGUCAAGCUAGCAUCGAGAUCAUUUUAAAGAUUAAGAGUUUUCAUUUCGGAGUUGAUAGGAUCUAUGGAAGUGCAAUGGCGCAAUAUAGCAACUUUGACUACUCAACUGAGUUCAAGAGAGAUUAUUUUCGAAGCGUGCUUUUUAGAAGGACUAAGAAGGAUCCGGUACAAUUGAAGAAUGAUGGAAAAGUACCACUUUCUCGAAAUGUCGUUGCGGUUCCAAUGGAUUCGUCCCUUGUUAUUGAAGUAGAUUUUUGUGGUGUGUCUAUGAAAGAUCAUCUAUUUUGCAAUGGAAGGUUCGAGAUUGGACAUUGCUACUUUAAAGAAGAGACAAAUGAUUAUGAUCUUCAGAUCAAGUUGACUUGGGGUGAUGGAUUGCACAAUGGAUGGAGUGAACUAGACGAAGACAAGGGUUGCAGGAUGGGUGGAGCAAAUCAGAUGAGCACAAGGUUAUUCAGUCUUUAAUGCAUCAAGCGUAAACAACCUGAUCAGCGCACUGGGGGGAGUGAUUUCGACGAAUAUGAGGAUUGCAGGAUGGGUGAAGUGAAUCAGACGAACACAAGACAAUCCGUCUCGCUAAAGCAACCUGAUCAGUGCACUGGAUGUAGUGAUCAUAGGCGAAGAUGAGGUGUUACCGUACUAUGCUUUCGUGUUAGUGGCUACUGCUAUGAACACGCCCUCGUCAAUGCCCUUUGCUGUUUCUCCUGAUUGAUUGAAAGAAGUAUAAAAAUCAAAAACUCGGUCUGCAUGGACGGGUUGCAAUUGUAAUUAAACCCUUGCCUACCCAAGGUUUAACGCGUUUUGAAUUUAUUACUCUAAAUUAUGACAUCGUGUGUAAGUUAUGACAUUGUGCGACUAUUAUCCCUAUUGUGCUUUGAUGUCC